CUGCGUUUCGCUUACCUCAAAUCUAUCACUGCUGUCUUCUUCAUUCUCCCCAAGUAUCGUGCUCAGCCGUGUCUGCAUAAGCGAAGCAUAGUGCAAGGCUAUCUCUCAGAGCCAGCGAGACAGUCAGUGCUGUGAAGAUCCAACCUUUGAAAGGUCUAGACACAAGAAAGCUAUCUCAGUGACUACCACCAAAAUGUCCGGCAAACCAAAGAUCGUACUCCUUGGUGAUAUCGACCACGCUCACAAGCAAUGGGAAUCCCUCAGCUCAUUAGGCGAGCUGAUAAAACCCCAAUCUACCAACCGAGCGGACUUCAUCAAAGAAUGCCGUGAAGGUAAGCUCGACGGCGUGGUCGCCGCCUAUCGUACAUUCAACUCAAUCAGCAUAACUGGCCGCAUCGACGCCGAGCUAUGCAACGCCCUGCCCAAAUCCUGGAAAUACAUGGCCCACUGCGGCGCCGGCUAUGACCAGAUCGACACCGAGGCCUGUUCCGCACGAGAUCCUCCCCUCCUCGUGUCCAACGUGCCCACCGCCCCGGACGAUGCGACCGCCGACACCGCGAUAUUCCUCAUGCUCGGCGCACUACGCAACUUCAACACCAGCAUUGCCGCACUACGACGCGGCGACUGGCGCGGCAAACCGGCUCCAUCCCUCGGCCACGACCCGCAGGGCAAAACUCUUGGUAUUCUCGGCAUGGGUGGCAUUGGACGGAAUAUGAAGCAAAAGGCAGCCGCGUUUGGCAUGACCACCAUCUAUCACAACAGGCGCGAACUGGACAGCUCUCUAGCCGACGGCGCAGAGUACGUCACCUUCGAAGAACUGCUCAAGCGCAGCGACGUGCUGAGUCUGAAUCUCCCUCUCAACCCCAAGACGCGGCACAUCAUUUCCACGCCGCAGUUCGAACUGAUGAAGUCGACCGCCGUCGUGGUCAAUACCGCUCGAGGUGCAGUGAUCGACGAGGCCGCUCUCGUCGACGCCCUGGACAAGGGUCUCAUCGCUGGCGCUGGCCUUGACGUGUUCGAAGAGGAGCCCAAGAUCCAUCCUGGUCUGGUCGCCAAUGAGAAGGUCAUUCUUCUGCCUCAUAUGGGCACAUGGACGAAGGAGACGCAGGAGAAAAUGGAAGAGUGGGUGAUCAACAACAUCCGCUCCGCACUGGAGGAAGGUCAUUUGAUGUCACCUGUCCCUGAGCAGAAGGAUAUCAAAUAGAGGGUGCUUGUCAUUCCGCCACUGCCAUAGCAUGAUCUGCUAGACAUAGACUGUACACUGCUAUCCGCGAAUGAGACCGGAAACGAGAGGCUCCAUAGAGAGGACCAUGGCGCAAGGUUGCCUGAUUCAUAUGAUGAGGACCUCUGCGUUAAU